AUGUCGGAACAUUCGUGGGCCCAGCAAGAGACCGGCAGGUUCUUUGAGGCCCGUGAAUCUCCAACUCAAUCAAAAUGCGACGACAAUGCCCACAAAAUCUCUGGUGGCUCGACAGCAGUUGCAGUCCCAGACAUACUGACAAGCCCUCGCACACAAUGA